CCGGGGUUUAACUCGGGCAACUGAACAUUAAACAUUUGGACAUCUGAACAGAGUGCAGACCGAUAGUGAGAUGUGUCAUUUUUUCGCCUUACAAUUCCAAUCGCAAUUACUGACAGACCUUGUCACAGACAUUGUCCUGCGUAUUUUGGAAGAUCCCAUCGUUCAUGAAGGAAGAGACGUGGGAAAUUCAGUCACGUAUACCAUUCACGACAACGAUGACGACAAACAUAGCAAGAGACGACGCAGAUCGCCGUCUCACCUUCCAGGAAGCCCUAAGCAUAAUGCCUAUUCCAGAUAGGGUGGUGGACGGGCACACAAUCAAGCGAUACAUGAGCUUGCGGAGUGCGUGGUUUCCGGGCAUUGAUCUCCCUGUUGGAAUGGACGACGAAGGCGUAGAGAAACCCAUGCGAUUUCCAUCCGAGGGAAGAGCGGCGUAUGGUGGGCAUGUGUAUAGCCAGGCCGGAUUAGCGGCUUCUAAGGCUUUCGAGGAUAUGUUGGCCGGUGGCAAGGCAAUGGCGAAGAAGAAGGAGUUUGGGAUUCACACAAUGCAUGGGUAUUUUUCAGAAGCCGGAAUUGUAGAACGGCCAUUCAUCUAUGAGGUAGCUUGCAUUGCAGCCAAUCCAUCCUUUCAUAACCUGUUCGUCACAGCCCGGCAACCCACACGGCCCAGUACCAAUCCCCAAGGAGAUCACUUUCCCAUAGACGAUGCCGAGUUACCCCUUGGACCUGUUUGUUUUAACUCUUUGGUAUCAUUCAGACCUGCAGGCCUUUCACAACUCGAUGCUCAAGAAGCAUCAGUCCAAGCCCGUUUUUCGAAUCUCUUGAGAUCUCGACCUCCAGCAGAAUGGGAUCCAGCACCACUCACAGAUAUCGAUGUGCUGAAAGCGGCACUAGGACCAACCAAAGAGCCAGGGUCCUUUCCCAUCGUCGACAUGAAGAAGGUAGACCUUACGACCUUCAAUUCCGGAAAACCCUUGCAUGAAAGGCGUGAACUGCUUUUAUACCGGCUGCUUGCCCCCCUUCCGGCUUCGAACACAGAUGCGCACAUUCUGACGCAUGCAUUUGAAGCAGAUCGGAACGGUCUGCUCAUGGUUGGAAACCACUGCGGCUUUGGUUUCGAGUUUGGAAAGGCGGCGAGCCUGAGUUACUCAUUUGUCGUUCAUGUGAACCCCAAGGACACUAUUAUGCAGUACAAAGCGGGCAUUGGUAUAGGCAUGGAUGAGUGGUGGAUUCAGGAGGCUUCCUUUCCCCGGGUUGAGGCGGGUAGAGCUAUCAUUAUGAGCAAGAUUUGGAGUCCAACGGGUGUGCAUGUGGCGACCGAGUAUCAAGACGGCAUCCUUAGACGAGCUUGGAGGGAUGAAGAGAGAGAAAAGCUGUGACAUCGACUACAGCAGACGGCAAUCUUUUGUGCAUUCGUCCUACGCAGAAGAAAGAAAGGAAAAUCUGGACAAUUCAUGACGCAGGGUAGUAGUAGUAGAGGGUCAAGGGGGAAAAUUCGAAGUACAUACUCGUAAAAAGAACAGAAAGAAAAAAGGGCAUGCUACAGAGUACCUACCCCUUCAUGGGUAAGAAAUUGUCUUCAUCUAGCCAAAGGUAUUUAUCACAGGUCUUACCAGCUGUGUGGAUAUAGCGGUUGAUCACCUAGGUAGUCAGUAGCAGAGAAAGUAAAGUCGACUGAGG